AUGUGUCUUCCUCCAAGGAGCCACGAAAAGCCCAAGAAUCCAGCGGCUGAUUCCGCCAGUCGGUACUUCGCCCCUGGAGAUGCCGUCUAUGUGCGCAACUACGGCAUAGGAGAAAAGUGGACACCAGGCAAAGUAAAAUCGACGAGUGGUGCCCGUUUAGUCACUGUGGCUACCGAGGACGGUGUCGUUCGACGCCAUGUCGACCAGAUCCGGAAACGUUCAUCAGACACAGACGGAAGCAUAGAAAUAUCAAGUCCCGAGGAAUCGCCUCCGACGACCUUAGGGGCACCGAAAUACGAGGCUCAAGACCUUCCCGAACGGCCUGCUCCUGACCUACGUCGGUCCACAAGAACCAGAAAGCCAGUGGAGCGCUACAGCUACUAG